GCGGAAGGUAAAUAGGAAGCACCAAAAGGAAGUUGUUGUCAAGCAUCUAUUGCACUAGUCGCACCAAUCGUAGAAAUGUGUUUGGACUUAUAUCUUUUUAAAAUCAUAGACAUUCAAAUAUAACUCUGGAGGAAGCAGUCGCCUUGUUGGAACUAUAUCUAGUUGUAAUGAUAAUUUCAUUUUCCUGGGCUAUUUAUUUUAUAUUCGUGUCGAAGCCACUAUUUGGGAAAAAUUAGCUAACGUUAGCAAUGGGUCGAUGACACAGACUGCGGCAGCGGAGUUGUUGUUGGACUGGACACCGCGCCGGAUUUUGCUCCGGUGAACGAGUGAGAGGCACAGAUGGAUUUCUCUAAGUUCCUGGACGAUGAUUUUGAUGUGAAAGAGUGGGUGAACGGCGCCUUCAAUGUGGUACAGAAGGACGCACCGGGGAAAGCGGACACACACGCAGCCACACUGGUCAUGAAACUUCAACUGUUCAUCCAGGAAGUCAAUAAUGCCAUUGAAGAGAGCAGUAACCAGGCCCUCCAAAACAUGCCCAGGGUGCUGCGGGAUGUGGAGGCUGUGAAACAGGAGGCUUCCUUCCUCAAGGAUCAAAUGGUCCUGGUCAAAGAAGACAUCAAGAAAUUUGAGCAGGACACUGUGAAGUCAAUGCAGGUUUUGGUGGAGAUAGAUCAGGUGAAGAGCCACAUGCAGCUGGCAGCUGAGGCCCUACAGGAGGCAGACAAAUGGAGCACACUGAGUGCAGACAUUGAGGAGACCUUCAAAACACAGGAUCUUGCAGUGAUCUCCUCCAAGCUGACCAGCAUGCAGAGCAGCCUGGCCAUGCUGGUGGACACACCUGACUACUCUGAGAAGUGUGUCCACCUGGAGGCUCUGAAAAACAGAUUGGAGGCUCUGGCCAGCCCACAAAUAGUAGCAACCUUUAACUCCAUGUCUAUAGACCAAGCCAAGCUGUUUGUUAAAGUCUUCACUGAGAUAGACAGAAUGCCACAGCUUCUUGCCUACUAUUAUAAGUGUCAUAAGGGUCAGCUGGUGAACAUAUGGCAGGAUCUCACUCAGAGUGAGCUCAGUCUGAAUCAGCAGCUGUCCGAGUUCUACGACACUUUAGUGUCCACAUGGCACACUCAGCUGCAGUGGAGCAGCCAGGUGUUCAAGAAUCCUUAUGAGGUGGUGACAGUGCUGCUCAUCCAGACUCUGGGGGCUAUGGUGCCGUCCAUCUCUUUGUGCCUGAGCACAACCAUGGAGCGGACAGGUCAAGAGCAGCGUCUCGACACCCUGUUAGAACUGUACCAAACCACGUCCAGCUUUGCACACAGCCUGGAGGCCGCCAUGCUGCCACACCUGGGUAAGAAUAACCUGCUGAAAGUCAAUGAGCUUGUCUGUGCCCUUUACGACCCCUAUAAACUCUAUCAACUACAGUACGGAGGUCUAGAGGAAGCUCAUCUCCUCAUCCAGAUCAGUGCUGUACCUUUGGAACGUGGGGAAGUCAUUGAUUGUGCGGAAGAGUUGAGCCACUCUGUCAGCAAGUUGUUUGGCCUGGCCAGUGGUGCUGUGGACCGCUGUGUCAAACUGAGUGAAGGACUGGCCGUGUGUGGCCUCCUUAAAGCACUCAAAGCCCUUUUCUCCAAGUAUGUAUCUGACUUCUCCAUAACUCUGCAGUCAAUCAGGAAAAAGUGUAAAUUGGAGGACACCCCAAAUUCGUCCGUUUUUCAGGAGGACUGGACAGCCUUCCAGAACUCAGUCAGGAUUAUUGCCACCUGUGGUGAGUUACUAAGACAAUGUGGAGCCUUUGAGCAACAGCUCUCAAACAAGAUCCUGAGUACAGCAGGUAAGUACUUGUCAGAUUCGUACAGCCCCCGCAGUCUGGCAGGCAUCCAGGAGGUCAGCUGCACCGAGAGGAAGAGCGCCACCAAGAAUCCCUGGCAGGAAUAUAACUACCUGCAGAGGGGCAAUAUGGCUGAAUAUAACAGCCUGAUGGAGGUCCUCUACUCAUUAAAGGAGAAGGGCACAGGAAACUCCAGCCUGUUUACUGAACCCAGAGCAGCUCUGACCAGACUCAACCAGCAGGCCAACCAGCUGGCGUUCGACUCCGUCUUCCUGCAGAUCAAACACCAGCUGUGUCUCGUCUCCAAGAUGGAGAGUCAAGAGGAGCCUGGUUUUGGAGAGAGCUACACAGAGGACCUGCCUACUUUCAGCCUGUCUCCACAAGAAUACAUUACAAAUAUAGGACAAUACUUGAUGUCUCUACCACUCCAUCUGGAGCCAUUUGUGACCCAGGAGGAUCCAGCUUUAGAAAUGGCCUUACAUGCUGGGAAGCUGCCUUUCCCACCAGAACAAGGUGAUGACCUUCCUGAGCUGGACAACACAGCAGACUAUUGGCUGGGCUCCAUUGCCCGGGCAACCAUGCAGACGUACUGUGAUGCCAUUCUGCUCAUCCCCAAACUGAGUGCCCACUCCACCAAACAGCUGGCCACAGAUAUAGACUAUCUGAGCAACGUGAUGGAUGCUCUGGGCCUACAGCCGUCCCGCACCCUGCAGCACAUAGUCACUCUGCUAAGGGCCAAACCUGAAAGCUACAGACAGACCGCCAAACCGCUGCCACGCCGACUGGCCUCCACCAUCGCCGCCGUCCGCUGCAUCGACUAUUAACAGGAAAGUGGUGGAGGAGGGGACUCUGUUGGUAACAAGGGCUGACAUACCAUCGGGGUCUUGCUGCUGUUUGGAGGGUUAUAGAUCUGUUAAGAAUUAAAAUCAGGUUAGUUUAGACAUUUUUAUACUGAACCAAGUGGGUGAUGUCAAAGUGGGGAUAAUGCCUUUCAGUUAGGUUGAGGUGAAAGUGUCUUGACUUUAGUCUCUGUUGCUGAAGCAUCUGAGGAGGUAACACAGUGUACAUCAGGGCAUGUGUCUAAUCAUCUAAGCUUUCUGUAUGACCAAUAUAUUUGUCAUUAAUUACUUGUCCUUCCAUUAUGACUAAUCUAUAAUAAUAAUUAUUCUAUUGAUAUUUCUGAUAUAUGAGCUAUAUUGUUUUAUUUUUACCUUUUUUUUUUCUGUUAAAAGGUAAGAGGUGAUCUUUCGGGGUCACGGGGUCAGGACAGUUGUAUGAAUGAUACUUUCAACACUAGGUAUCCAGAUUUCAAUACUGGGGAAAAAUGAUCCAUCUUUUCCUGCAGUGUGUGGCACUACUGCGAUGAUGGAUGGAUUUGGUGAUGCUAUGGAUGUAGGUUAAUAAAUGCUGAGCCUUUUUCAUAAUUUA